AUGGCCGUUACACAGGAGUUGGUCCAGCAGAGAGAAGACAUGGAAGUGCAGUUGUCUGACCAGCAGGCCGCCAUCGACGGUCUGCAGUUCCAGGCGGACGGGCUUCUCCAGCGCCUCUCCAGUCUGGAGAUCCUCGUCAACCGAAUCAACCGCAACCAGGAGAAGUUUGAGACGUACGUCACCAAGUUGGUGGACCAGAUGAAAGCCGUGCUGCCCGGCAGGCUGGUGAGAGACAGCGGGCUGAACGGAAACGUGCAGUACCAGGACAUGCCGAGGGACUGUGCGGAGGUGUAUACCGGUGGGAACCAGACUAGCGGAGUGUACACAGUCAGGCCGCACGGGCAGCAGACUGACAUGCCACACUCCGGCCAGGUGGCGCCUUUCUCAGUGUACUGUCGCGUUCGGCACCGCAGAGGCUGGACGGUGAUCCAGCGGCGACAGGAUGGGAGCGUCAACUUCAGCCGGCCCUGGACCGACUACAAGAACGGCUUCGGCGACCUGGGCGGAGAGUUCUGGCUCGGGAACGACAAGAUUCACGCCAUCACGGCGCAGAAGAACUACACCCUGAGGAUCGAGAUGUCCGAUUGGGAGGGCAACAAGGCGUACGCCGAGUACGAUCACUUCUCUAUUGACAACGAAUGGCAGGGAUACAGGCUGCGGGUGAGCGGGUACAGCGGCAGUGCGGGAGAGUCCAUGUACGCUAACCAUGACGCGGCCUUCAGCACCAGGGACAAGGGCAGUGAGAACCAGGGCUGGGUCGACUGUCCCAAGGAGAUGAAGGGUGGGUGGUGGUACACACAGUGCGGGGACUCCAACCUGAACGGACUGUACUUGAGUGAGAUGAAGGGCGGCUGGUGGUACACACAGUGCGGGGACUCCAACCUGAACGGACUGUACCACCGGCAGGGGGAGCACGAGGCCCGGGCGGACGGGGUGUUCUGGUGGUGGUGGAAGCGCGACUGGUACUCCCUCAAGUCCGUGGAGAUGGCCGUCUUCCCCCACUUCUACCCCCUCUUCUGA